GUCCGCUCCGGCCGCCGGUACGCCGUCAAGAUCCUCGACAAGAACAAGAUUCUCCAUCUCAACUUCUCCGAUCAGAUUAAGCGGGAAAUAAGCACGCUCAAGCUCCUCAAGCAUCCGAACGUCGUCAGACUUUACGAGGUUUUGGCUAGUAAAUCGAAGAUUUACUUGGUUCUGGAGUGCGCCUCUGGCGGAGAACUGUUUGAUAGAAUCGAAUCGAAAGGUAAGCUGGAUGAAGCUGAAGGACGGAGACUCUUCCAGCAGCUUAUCGAUGGGCUCAGCUACUGCCAUGACAAAGGAGUUUACCACAGAGAUCUCAAGCUGGAAAACGUGCUUGUUGAUGCUAAGGGAAACAUUAAGAUUUCUGAUUUUGGCCUCAGUGCUUUACCACAGAAUUGCAGGGAAGAUGGUCUGUUGCACACCACCUGUGGAAGUCCCAACUAUGUUGCACCAGAGGUGCUUGCUAAUAGAGGAUACGAAGGAGCCGCCUCGGAUAUAUGGUCAUGUGGGGUUAUCUUGUAUGUUAUUCUGACGGCUUGUCUUCCUUUUGACGAGACCAAUUUGGCUCUUCUUUACAAAAAGACUUUGAGGGGGGAUUUUCAGAUACCCAAAUGGUUAUCAGCAGGUGCCAGAAAUUUGAUAAGGAGAACUCUUGACCCCAAUCCCAAUACUCGGAUUACAAUGGCAGGAAUUAAGGAGGAUGAGUGGUUCAAGACCGAGUAUAAUCCUGCUUCUCCUUGUUAUGAUGAUGAGGAGGGUCCAUUCAUUGAUGAGGAUGAUGCCAUCUCAACGCAUGAUGAGCCAUCUGACGUGGAAAACAGUCCAAAGUCUCCCUCUACCAUUAAUGCGUUCGAGUUAAUUGGAAUGUCUUCAAGUUUGGAUCUAUCUGGCUUCUUUGAGAAAGAGGACGUUUCUGAGAGGAAGAUCAGGUUUACAUCCAACCAUUCUGCCAAGGACUUGCUUGGGAGAAUCGAGGUUAUCGCAACUGAUAUGGGAUUUCGAGUCCAAAAGAAAAGCGGAAAGUUGAAAGUGAUGCAAGAGAUGAGAAGUCAAAGAAGCCUAAGUAAUCUCUCAUUUGAAGCUGAGGUCUUUGAGAUAAGCCCAUUGCUUCAGGUGGUUGAACUGAAAAAAUCUUUUGGAGAGUCAUCAGCUUACAGACAGCUGUGUGAAAGGCUGGCAAACGAUUUGGGCGCAAACCCGGAGCUCAAAGGGCAUAGUCCAAGUUCAUUCACAUUGAACAGUACAUGUUAGAAGCAAUUGCUGUGCAGUUAUGGGACUUUUAUUAUUAUUAUUAUUACAUAAUUUGGGUUUGUAUUAAGGCUUUUGAUUGGUGCAUCAGUGGGUUUAAAUGUAGAUAAUAGAUAGGGCCAAAUAUUACAUGGCCAGUAAGUAGCCUGCUUUGUAUCCCCUUGUAUGUAACACACCACAUCAGAUGUAAUAGAACAGAAGUUCAUUUGUAUGUAAGAAGCUUGAGAAAAGAAUCAUUAAA